UUUUACAUGUUCUCGAAAAAUCAUUAUUUUUUUUUCUUUCUUUUCUUUUCUUUUUCUUUCUUUCUUUCUCGUUUUCUUUUUAAAUUAUAUAAUGUACAUUCCUGAAGCAAAUUUACAAAAUAUUCUUAUUAACCUUUAUAUUUUAGUCUCUGGUAUCGUUUUUGUCUAUCGAGAAACGAAUCCUUCUACUCAGUUAGGUUAUUCUAAAUUCACCAAAUUUAGUAAAUCAAAUACUAUGGUACCUUCUAAGUAUGGUAUGUUAGUUAUUUAUUUUCCAAGUAUGAUCUUAUGUCUUAUUGGUGUACUUUGGUCAUUGUCUCAACCACGUCAUGUCAAACUUGUAGCUCUAUUUUCUCUUCUUCAUUUUGUUAAACGUAUCUAUGAAGUGUUAUUCAUACAUCAUUAUUCUGGUCAAUCUUUAUUUAAAGACAAUAUUACCAUUGCCUGUUCUUAUGCUGGAUUCUCUAUUAUUCAACUCUAUUUUACUUCUUCAGUACCCAAAUCUCGAGUAAAUCAAUUUGAAAUUCUUUGUGGCACAUUGUUAUACUUUUUUGGUGAAGGAUUGAAUCAUUAUCAUCAUCUUAUUCUUGCUGAUUUACGAAAAGACGGUAGUAAGGAAUAUAAAAUUCCACAAGGUGGAUUGUUCAAUUUUAUCUGGUGUCCUCAUUAUUUGGGGGAAAUCAUUGCUUUUAUCGCCAUGUCACUACUUUCUCAACAUAUUUCCACCUUGGCGUUCCAAUCAAUCUCCAUUCUUUAUCUCGCUGUACGUGCCUACAAUACACGUCUGUGGUAUGAACAUAAAUUUGGCAAGAUUCCAAAAAAGGCAUGUCUGGUUCCUGGGCUUUUCUAGUUGGAUGACAUUUUAUGUACUGAUCAAACUCGUUUAGUACCUUUUUUUUUUUAGAUUAGUUUAAAUUUAUUAGAUUUCUUUUUACCCCAUUGAUCAGAAUUAGAUCUUAAUAGUUUUGAUGAUACCUCUAUUACUAUAAUUUUUUCCUUUAUUUUGGUUCCCCUAUCAAAACAUUCGUCAUCUUCCUUUUACUUAUCAUCCAUCAAAAUAAAGAUGCAUGUUGUAUUGUAUGUCUUUCAU